AUGUGCUCCGUCCGUCCUGCUACUGCGUUCCCUCCCUCUCCCCACAUUUACGGCAACAAGAUGCAAGAAUACGGGUGGCACUUCUACUUCGGUGGGGAGCCAAUCCCUCCAGACAGACACAGGCAGAUGGAGCGCAACUUCAACCUGCCCAUACGCUCUGUGCUGCGCUCUACGGCCAUGUGGGAUCACCAGCAGCUGCAGAGCAUGUUGACACAAGAGCAGGUGGAUCGGCUGUCCUUCCAGUUGCGAGAUCUGACCGCAGAGGCAGCAGUGGAGGGCACGGCCGUGCACCUGCUCAACAUCACCGCGCUCUCUGCCAUGCGCCCCAACGCGCACCUUAUAAAGUGGUACAACAAGGCCAACAAGGCGUCCAUACAGGUGGACUGCGUGCAUUUAUGCCUGCCGGGUUUGAGGCGCCUCAAAACUCGGCCCGACGCGCGCCUCAUGCGGUGGUACAACAGGGACGGCAAGGCGUUCAGAUAG